AUGGGUGAUCAUGAGGUUCAACAAAAACCAGAAAAAGAACCCUUGCUUUCAUAUUCAAAAAAUCAUACUUCUAAUCCCAAUAAGAAGAUGAAUGACUUACAGAGAAGAAGGCGUCCCCCGCACGGGGAUGUUUCUUCUGAGAAUGGUAUCAACAAGGAAGAAGAAAAUCUGAUUCAACAAACUCUACAAUUAUCAAAUUUAGAUUCUGAAUUCAAAUCCAAGAAACUAGUCUUAUUGCUGAUCUUAACUGCUUACCUAGGAUUAGGAACCCUAUCCUUCUUCCUCAUAAGGAAUCAAAUAAUGGGCAUACAGACCAAUGGCUUCCUUGAUGCCCUAUACUUUUGUGUCGUGACUAUGACCACAGUAGGGUAUGGAGACCUUGUUCCCAACAGCAAAUUGGCCAAACUUCUCGCAAGUGUCUAUGUCUUCACAGGCAUGGCCCUUGUAGGGAUGAUCAUGAGCAAAGCAGCAGAUUACUUUCUUGAGAAGCAAGAAAUCCUAUUGGUUCGAGCCAUCCACAUGGGCGAAAAAGUGAGUCCCUCAGAACUUCUUGAAGAGGUUGAGGCACAAAAAGUGAAGUACAAGUUCUUGAUAACAUUAGCUGUUCUUCUAGUGCUCAUGAUGGUGGGAACUGUUUUUUUGCAUUUGGUUGAGAAUCUAGAGCUUUUGGAUGCCUUUUAUUGUGUUUGUUCUACUGUUACUACAUUAGGAUAUGGUGACAAGAGCUUCUCCACAAGCACUGGACGUGGUUUUGCUGUGUUUUGGAUAUUGAGUAGCACCAUUUGCUUGGCUCAGUUUUUCUACUAUCUAGCUGAACUCUACACUGAAGGUAGACAAAAAUCACUGGUCAGAACUGUUCUUUCCAGAAAACUCUUACGCUCAGAUCUUGAGGCCGCAGAUCUUGAUCAUGACAAUGUUGUUAGCGCCGCGGAGUUCAUUGUGUACAAGUUGAAGGAAAUGGGAAGGAUCAGUCAACAAGAUAUUUCUAUUGUGAUGGAUGCUUUUAGGAAACUUGACUAUGAUAAAUCAGGAACUUUGACUGAAGCUGAUCUCGGAUAUUCUGGGUCAUCUUGACCAUACAUGUCCA